AUGGAGAAGGCUGGCAAGGGAAGCUGCAGCUACAAUGGUCGCCACGGCCUGGCCGUUUCGGAGCUGCCUCCGGAGGCGCUGAACGACGACUACUGCGACUGCCGCGACGGCGCCGAUGAGCCGCGCACCGCGGCGUGUGGCCAGGGCCGCUUUCGCUGCGAGAACGCCGGCAGCAUUCCGAGGAGCAUCGCCAGUUCCAUGGUGAAGGAUGGCGUGCAGGACUGCUGCGACGCCUCGGACGAGGGCGAAGCUCUCGACCUGGACUGCAGGGAGGAGCUCCUGAAGGUGGCAGGGCGCAUCGGUGAACUGCUGCUGAUGGAGCAGAAAGGUGAAGCAUUGAAACGGCAGAUGCUGGAGUCCUUAACCCAGCAGGCCGUGUCCGUGAAGGAUCGCCUCCUGCGAGCCCAGCAGCUGGCACAGCCCUUUAUCGAGGCUUCACAGAAGAUCAACGAGAAGCUGCAGGAGGUGCAGAGGAAGCGGGAAAAGAUGAGCAAGAAUCCCAAAAUGGUCACAGAUGCGGAGCUCGCCGGUGCUGGCCGGGUUCAGUUGAGAUGUUUUGGCACUGGCGGUGGUGCCAGCGAACGUGGCGGUGGUGAUGCAGCUCCAGCCUAUGCGGAGUUGGCGGUGAACGCCUCGUGCAUUGCGGCCGAGGACGCGGGAGUUGAGUGUCACUAUGUUUGUUCGUAUCUUUGCUCGGAUGCCAGGCAGUUCAACGGCACCUGUGCGGUGGCCUCCGGCGGCGCCUUGGUCUACUUUCCCUUCGACCCCGACGCGCUGCGCAUGGAGGCGAUGCUGGCGCAGUACCGCCAGGCGGAACCGGGGCAGAUCGAGGCGAAGGCCGUGGAGCACCUGGUGGUGUUGGAGGGGUGGACUAUGACAGAUGCGAAGUGGUUGGAUCUGCGCCAGAAGUUGUCGCGUGUGCAUCGGAAAUCCGCACAGCUGAUGGAGGACCUCAGGGAGGCCAAGACGGACCAGCAAAUGCUGGAUCUCAUCAAGACCGGGCAGUUGGGUCCUUCAGGAGUCUACCACAAUUUGCACGGCCAGUGCUUGAACUUGACGCAGGAGCAGUAUGUUGGCACCACUGCCGUGCGUGAGCAGUGGCACACCUUUUUCUACAGCAUUUGCUUCUUCAAGUACGUCACCCAGCAAGAGCUGAAACAGGGGCCCGAUGCUGCUGCAGCAUGCGAUGAGUCUGGCAAGUGCUCGCUGGUUGAAGAAGAGGAGGCACAAAAAAUCUUUCUGGGACGACCUGCAGGCUUCAUGAGCAGCAGCAGCAACCUGAAACGCUUCGGGCUCCAGGAACUCUUCUUCGAACCCUCGGAGCACACCCUGGUCUUCAGCGGGGGUCAGUCCUGCGGCGCUGUGAACCGCGCCACGGUGGUGCAGUUCAGCUGCGGCUUGGAGCCGCGGGUGAAAGGCCUGGAGGAGGUGAGGACCUGCUGCUACCUGGCAGAGGUGGAACAUCCAGGUGCUUGCGACUUGAAAUCUUGGCCGCAAGCCUUGAGGAAGCUGAGUGAGGACCGCGUGGUCGAGGGUGUUGCCCACUGGCUCUUGCAACAUGCAGAGGAGCUGCAACUGGACGGCCUUCCAGAUUGGACGCGGAUCUUACGCAGCGCUGCAUCGGUGCAGCAGUGGUUGGGCCAAGGGCAGCCAGAGACGAAGGAGGCCUUGGUGACGCUGGACGCGCUGAUCGCCACGCUGUCGUCCACCGGCGCCUUGUACCAGGACUCAGUGGCUCUUCUGGUGCCGGAGACUGUGGAAAUGGCGCUGGCCACUGGAGAGCAGCUGCAGCGGAUGGUGAAGGAGGCUUGGGCUUCCGCCUGGCCUCUGGCUGCCCAGCUGGACCCCCAGCGCCUGGAGGAGGUUCUGGCGCGGAUGGAGGGCGCCCUGCAGCAGCUGCAGGGCUAUGGGAGGAGAGGUGUUGAAGGCUGCAAGGAAGGCCUGGCAUCUCUUCGCGUCCUUCGUCUCCCACCUGCCGUGGCCACGGCACUGGAGAGCUUCGAGGCCCAGCGCCCGGCGCGACGCUUCGGGCUGCCGAAGCAGCAGCUGGACCUGGGGCUCACGGGCCUGUACCUUCUCUUAGUGCACUUCUUGCUCUUCAAGCUGCUGGGGAAGCUGCUGCGUUGCCUGUGCCGUUGCUGCUGUUGCGGCCGCUCCCGGCCGGCGCCCGCGCAGCCGGCACCCACGCAGCCGGCACCCACGCAGCCGGCAGUGCGGCCGCCGGCUAAGGGCAUGCGCAACCGCUCCCCGAGCCCCACCCCCGAGGGGCCAUCGCCCGAGGUGUCACCCAAGUCCUCGCCCUCACCCAAGAAGUCACCCAAGAGGUCGCCGAAAAGGUCACCCAAGGGAUCGCCGCGGUGA